AACUGUCCAUGUGUAUUUAAGCAGAAACGAAGCCCACGUUUCGUUUCAGCAAUGCUGUAACGCCAAGGCUCCUCCUCUCAAACAAAAAGAAAUCCUUUCGCAUUUCAUCAUCUUCCUCAUCAACACCACCCACUAAUCCACUUCCUCUCAAUAUGGAUGAAAAUGGUUCGACCCCGUUCAAGUUUUCUUCAUUAUCCAAGAUCGCUGGCGAGGUUAUCCGCAAGGGAUUUUACCAGACUAAGCAUGUGGAGCACAAGGGCCAGGUGGAUUUAGUUACAGAAACUGAUAAGGCGUGUGAAGAUCUCAUUUUUAAUCAUCUCAAGGACCGCUACCCUACACACAAGUUCAUUGGGGAAGAAACUACUGCUGCAUAUGGUACUACAGAGCUGACUGAUGAACCCACAUGGAUAGUUGAUCCUCUUGAUGGAACAACCAACUUUGUGCAUGGGUUUCCCUUCGUGUGUAUUUCUAUUGGCCUUACAAUUGCAAAGGUUCCCACUGUAGGAGUUGUUUACAACCCAAUCUUGAAUGAGCUUUUCACUGGCAUCCAUGGAAGAGGUGCUUUUCUUAAUGGAAACCCCAUAAAAGUAUCUUCUCAAACAGAACUUGUAAAAUCUCUUCUUGCAACAGAGGCUGGAACAAAACGUGAUAAGACUACUGUGGAUGCCACUACAAACAGAAUUAAUAGCUUGCUUUUCAAGGUGAGAUCCCUUAGGAUGAGUGGUUCCUGCGCACUGAACCUUUGUGGAAUUGCAUGUGGAAGACUUGAUUUAUUUUAUGAAACUGGAUUUGGUGGUCCAUGGGAUGUAGCGGCUGGAGUUGUGAUCAUCAAAGAAGCUGGAGGACUUGUUUAUGAUCCAUCUGGUAAAGAUUUUGACAUCACCUCUCAGAGAGUGGCAGCUUCAAACCCUCUCCUCAAGGAUGUCUUUCUGGAAGCUUUGCAGCAAUCAGAAUGAGAGCAACCACUUUUUCUGAAAAUUACAAUUCGCCAGAUGCUUAAGAAUUCAGUUGUUGACAACUUAUACCAACUAGUUGAUAAUUUGUAAUGAUUCUUCCAUAUGGCUUGUGGCAUUCUAGUAAUGCCAAAUUAUGUGUAGAAUUAAUCUUGGUAAAAAAACAUUAUACUUGAAAUAAUUGCAUGUAUAUGCAUUUACUUUAGUUCAAUUGAUAUUUUCAGUCAA